GCCAUCAGCAGCUGUGUGGUACCGGUAGGUUCUAGAGAGCCUAGGCGUGGGUCCUGAGCUUUGUUAGCCCAAUCCAAGCCCGCAGCAGCAUUAGAGCUUGCGGGUGCACCAAAUAUAUCGUAGCGCACGGCCCUGGCGCUAGCGAGGCGGCUCGAGACCCGCUGCAGCUCGCGGCAUGGAGGAACAUGCCGCGGGGAUGCCCCGCGCGCGACCCACGGAGGCUGCGGCGGCAGCAGCGGAAGCGGCAGCAGCAGUGGGCGCCGCGGGUGCGGCAGCAGCAGGCGCUAGACAGCCAAUGCAGAGCAAUGGCAGUGGCAGCAGCAGCGGCGGUGGUGGUGGCGGUGGUGGCGGUCGUGUAGGGGCUGAAUGCGCGGACGGACGAGGGCCCACAGGCGACUUCCGUGCCGCUGCGGGCAGCGCCGCGGCGGGGGACGCGGCUGGUGGGGAGGCCACUGCAAGUCCAACGCCGGGGGCGACGGCGAGUGGUAGUGCUGCUGCUGGCGGGACCGCAGCUGCAGCCGGCAGCGGCGGCGGCGGCGGCGGACGCGGUUCGUUCAUGCGCUGCAGCUCGGCGCCCGUGUGGCAGCUACAGCCCUCACUGCAGCCGCCGGCAGCAGCAGCAUCAGGCCCCGCCGCGCCCGCCACACCCGGCAACGUCGCCGGCGCUUCCGCCACUAGCACCGGCGGCGCUACUCCCAUCCGCGACAUCAGCGGUCGCCCCAGCAGCAGCGGCUGUAGCCCCAGCAGCACCAGCGGCAGUAGCAGUGGCGGCGCCGGCAGCAGCUGCACCCGUACCAGCACCUGUGACAGCGGCGGCGGCAGUAGCAUCACUAGCAGCAGUGGCAGUGGCAGCGCCUUCAGCAACAGUGCCACCCCAGGGGGGUUUGCGGGGCGGUUGCGGCUGGGUGUGUGUGCCAUGGCGCGUAAGGCGGACUCCAAGCCCAUGCGGGAGAUACUUCGGCGCCUAAACACCUUCAACGAGUUUGAGCUGGUCAUGUUCCCGGAGGAGGUCAUCCUGGGCCAGCCCGCCAGCGAGUGGCCGGUGGUGGACUGCCUGAUGGCCUGGCACUCGGACGGCUUCCCGCUGAGCCGGGCGCAGGAGUACGUGGCUCUUCGGCGGCCCUUCUGUGUCAACGACCUGGGAGCCCAAGAGCUGCUGCUGGACCGGAGGAGGGUGUACCGACUGCUGCAGGACAGCUGCAUCCCAGUGCCGCGGCAUGUGGUGGUCAGCCGGGAGGGACUGGCGCCGGGGCAGUCGCCGCCGGGGUUCGUGGAGGGGGAGGACUUCGUGGAGAUGGACGGCGUGCGCAUCGCCAAGCCCUUUGUGGAGAAGCCGGCCAGUGGCGAGGACCACAACAUCCACAUCUACUACCCGGCGGCCAUGGGCGGCGGCGUGAAGCGGCUGUUCCGCAAGGUGGCCAACCGCUCCGGCGCCUACGACCCCGCACACAGCGGCGCGGUGCGGCGGGAGGGCAGCUUCAUCUACGAGGAGUUCCUGGCCACGGGCGGCACGGACGUCAAGGUGUACACGGUGGGCCCUCGCUACGCGCACGCGGAGGCGAGGAAGAGCCCCGUGGUGGACGGCAGGGUGGCACGGAGCGCGGACGGCAAGGAGGUGCGGUUCCCUGUGGUCCUCAGUCCUCAGGAGAAGGAGGUGGCGCGGAUGGUGUGUCUGGCGUUCGGGCAGAAGAUAUGCGGCUUCGACCUGCUGAGGAGCGAGCGCGGCGGCAGCUACGUGUGUGACGUGAACGGCCUGAGCCUGGUCAAGAACUCGACAAAGUUCUACGCCGAUGCAGCUGACAUACUGAGAAGCAUCCUGCUUCAGGCCCUGGCGCCCCACCGCCUCCACCUGAUGCCCGCCCUGCCCGCCACCCCCACAUUCGGGCUGAUGCUGGAGUCUCAGCGGACCAUGGCGGCGGCUGAGGCGGCGGCGGACGCAAUGGCAGCGGCAACGGCGGCGGCAGUAGCAGGCGGGGGUGCAGCAGCUGCCGCCGCGGCUGUAGCAGCCGCGGGCGACGGCGGCAGUAGCAUCCCUGACGGUGGCGUCGAGUUGAUCCGGGCGCCCACGUGGCUACGGCCGGGGGGCGGCGGCGAGGGCAGCAGUAGCAGCGGCGGCGGCGGUGGUGUUAGUGGCGGCGGCAGUAGCGGCGGGGGUCUGCCGGGCGAGGAGCUGCGGUGUGUGCUGGCGGUGGUGCGUCACGGCGACCGCACGCCCAAACAGAAGGUCAAGCUGGAAGUCAGCCAUCCUGCCUUCCUGGCCCUGUACCAGCGACACGUGGACCCGAGCAAGCCGCCCGGACCCCACCGCCAAGCCAAACUCAAAAGCGCGUCACAGCUGCAGGAGCUGUUGGAUGUGACACGGCAGCUUCUGCAGCAGCACCCACAGCUGCAGCCACAGCCACACCCUCAGCCGCAGCCACACAACAGGCCGUCCAGCGGCGGCGGCGGCGGCGGCAGUGGUGCUGCCUCUGACGGCGGUGCAGGGGCGACACCCGCGCCCAAGGCAGGUGACCUACCAGCAGGCCAACAGAAGGCGGCGGCGGCGGCGGCGGCGGCGGCGGCGGCGGCGGCGGCGCCGGCGGCGGCGGGGCAGCAGCAGCAGCCGCAGCAGCCGCCACUCGUGGAUGCUGACACGCUUGCGGUGCUGGCGGUGGUGCGGGGGGUGUUGGAGGCGGGAGGGCGCUUCUCAGGAGUGAACCGCAAGGCGCAGCUCAAACCACGGGGCUGGGUCACCGCCGCCGCCGCCGCCGCCGGGGAGGCGGCGCCGCCACCAUCGCCGCCGCCAGCGACGGCUGUAGCAACAGGAGUGGGCGUGGGCCACGUGGACGAGCGGCUGUUGCAGGGACGGCAGCGGGGUGACUCACCAGCAGCACUGGGGUGGGCUUCCGGCUCCUCAUCAAGCGCCGCAGUCACCCCGGCCGCAUCCCGGGUGGGCUCCAUGACGCCGCCGCCGCCAGCGCCGCCAGCAAGCGACUCUGCUACAGCCACCAUCUCAGCAAGCGACGCUGCUACAGCCUCUGCCACGGCCUCUGCUACAGCCUCCGGCCCUGCUGCUGCUACAUCCCCUGCCGCCGCCACCGCCGCCACGGCGGUUGCUGGCGGCGGCCGCCCUGGCGGCGGCCCUAGCUCCCUGCUCCUCAUUGUCAAGUGGGGUGGUGUGCUGACGCACGCGGGUCGAGCGCAGGCGGAGAUGCUGGGUGUGCGGUUCCGUUGCGGCAUGUACCCGCGCGCGGGUCCGGCGGGCGGGGGGCUGCUGCGGCUGCACUCCACCUACAGACACGACUUCAAGGUCUACUCCUCGGAUGAGGGCCGCGUGCAGACCUCCGCCGCCGCCUUCGCCCAGGGCCUGCUGAGCCUGGAGGGCGCCAGUCUCACCCCCAUCACCGCCUCGCUGGUCAACAAGGACGCACUGCUGCUGGAGGCGUACGGCAAGGGGGCCAGCGCCGACAUGGCGGCGGCCAAGCAGGAGCUGUACGCCAGGCUCACGUGGGACCCCGAGGCCGGCGUCUCCCGUUGCAAGCCCCCCGGCGGCAGUAGCAGCGGCAGUGGCAGCUCCUCUCCGGCGCCGCCGCCAGCUGCUACUGCCCUCGCCUCCAUGCCCUCACUCGCUACCAGCACCACCAGUGGCAGUAGCAGCAGCCAGCAGACCACGCCGCUGCCCUCCCCUCUGCGGCCCACACCGCCAGCCGCGUCACCUACCGCUACAGCCGCCGCACCCGCAACACCGCUGCCUCCAUCCCAGUCGCCUCCGCCUUCGCGGCCCGCAGCAGCAGUAGCUGCAGCAGAUGCUGCAGCUGUCGUACAAAACACAGCAGCAGCUACUGCCGCCGACACCCUGUCCACGGUGCGCCCGCUCCCCGACCGCCCCCUGGAGCUGCUACAGCUGCUGCGGGCUCAGCUGCAGGACCUGGUGGAGGCGAUGGAGGGGCCGGCUGUAGCAGCCAUGAACGAGGCUGUAGCAGCAGCAGAGGGCGGCGGCGGCGGCGGCCGCGGCGGGGCUGAUGAUGAUGGUGGUGCUGCUGCUACUGCCGGUGAGGAGGGCGCAAUCGCGGCGACGGCGGCUGCGGCCGUGGCGAGGGCGGGGGUGACGGCGGAGGUUGCGCCCGCCGCGGCCGCGCCUGCUGCUGCAGCCGCUACUGCCAAACCUACUGCUCAGGAACAGGGCGGUGGCAGGGGUGGCGGAGGUGGUGCAGCAGGCAGCAGCAACCCUGGCGGCAGUAGCAGAAGCAGCAGCGGCAGCGGCAAUGGCAGUAGCAGCGGAAGGGGCAUUAGCAGUGGCUGCUACUACAGCAGUCUCAGCAUGUCGCCUGACGAGUGGCGGGCGGUGCCGGGGGUGCCGUGCGGGGGGGAGCACUGGAUGCUCGUGUACGACAGGUGGCAUAAGCUGCUUGACAGCUUCUACUCGGCCAAGAAGAAACAGUACGACAUCAGCAAGAUUCCAGACAUCUACGACGCAGCCAAACACGCGCUCAUCCACAAUGCCUUCAUACCCCUCACGCCGCCGCCGCCGCCCCCGACGCCGCCGCCUCCCAGUGCGUCAGCAGCCACACAGCCGCCCCCGCCGCCGCCGGCGCAACAGCCUCCUCCUCCUCCCCCUCCUCAGCAAUCCCACCACCAGCAGCGUCAAGCGCCUCAGCAGCCGCAGCCGCAGCCGCAGCCGCAGCCGCAGCCGCAGCCGCAGCCGCAGCCGCAGCCGCAGCAGCCGCAGCAGCCGCAGCAGCAGCCGCGGUCCCCACCUGACGGGGUGGUGCCGCUGCUGCUAGGCGAGGUGGUUGCGCCGCUGUACCUGACCGCGAGGGCGCUGGCGGACGCAGUGGUGCCGCACGAGUACGGCCUGACGCCGCAGGCCCAGCUGCACGUGGGCUCCGCCAUCUGCCGCGAGCUGCUGGGCAAGCUGCUGUGCGACAUGGGCGCCAUGCGGGAGGAGAGCCUGGCAACCAGCUACAGCCACACCGGCGGCGGCGGCUGUAGCAGCAGCGGCUACAACAGCUACAGCAGCUACAGCAGCUACAGCGCAGGGGGCAGCAGCGGCGCGGCCGCGCCGGCGGCGGCGCAGCGCGCACUGGCAGCGGCGGCGGCACCCGCAGCGCCGCCGCGCCGCAGCCACCCGGGCUUCAUCGCGCAACCUCCGGCCGCUCACACGCCGCAGCCGCCACAGCCGCCACAGCCGCCACAGCAGCCGCAGCAACUGCCGCACCUCAGAAGCCCCUUCUCUUCCGCGGCCAGCAUUGGCCCUGCGCCGCCGGCCUUGGCUGCAGCUACAGCCACCCCACUGCCAGGCAGGGCCGGUGCUGCUACAGCCAUUCCUGCUCCCGGAACUGCGGCCGCCGCAGGCGCGGCGCUGGUGCUACUGCCGCCGCCGCCGCCACCUCACUCCAUGGUGUCGGAGUUCGGUAACGCCUCCCUGGAGGACGAGAUGCUACUGCCGACCGGCAUGGCGGCGGCGCGGCAGGCGGCUGUAGCAGCAGCGCCCUCGCCGCCCGCCUCCCCCGCACGCAGCGCCGCUGCCGGCGUCGGCAGUAGCAGCCGCCGCGGUGGUGCCACUGCUGGAGGCCCGGCAGUAGCACCAGCAGCAGCAGGAGCAAGAGCAGGCGGCGCCGGCGCCGGCAGUAGCACGGUGUCGCCGCCGCUGUAUACUGUCAUGGAGGAGUGUGCGGCGCACGAGCAGCAGGCGGACGACAGGGAGGAGGAGGGUGCGGGGGGUGAACAAGCGGCGGCGGCGGCGGUGGAGGGCGACGGGUCACCGCCCCUGCUGCACCCACUGGGAGUGGCGGGCUUCGUGGGGGCGGGGGAGGAGCGAGAGCAGGAGGGGGAGGCGAGAGCGGCGGGCGCCGCAGGUGCCGCAGGUGGCAGCUGUGGGGGCGGAGGCCCACCGGAACAGCAGCAGCAGGAGGGGGAGGAGCAGGUGGAGGGGGAGGGGGAUGAUGACGGGCUGGUGGGGGGUCCGCCGCCGCCGCCGCCUCUGGAGGCGCUGCACCGACUGUGUCCACAGUACGCCACAGACAUCAACAGCCCGCUGCGGCACGUGCGCACACGCGUGUACUUCACAUCGGAGAGCCACAUCCACGCGCUGCUCAACGUGCUGCGCUACUGCCACCUGCGCCAGCAGCAGCAGCAGCAGCAGCAGCAGCCCCCUGCUCCCACAGCCGCUACAGCCGCUACAGCCGCUGCCCAGCCCAGCAGCCCUGCCGCCAGUGCUACAUCCCUGGGCCCCAGCGGCGGCAGUAGCACGAGUGCCGCGGGCGUUGCGGGCAGCACCGCCGCCCCGGCCGCCGCCGCCGCCACCUCAGUCCCCGCUGAUGACCUGUCGCCGGCACAGCCGCAGCCGCAGCCACAACCACCUGAGCAGCCGGCGACGCUGCUGGGCGCGGCGGGGGAGGCUCUUCUGGCGGGGGUUCCAGAGUACGACUACAUGACCCAGAUUGUGUUUCGCAUGUUCGAGAACCGACACGUGUCGGCAGCGGCCGGCGGACAGGAGGAGGCUGGCGGCGGAGGCGGCAGCGGAUGUCGCUUCCGUGUUGAGGUGCUGUUCAGUCCGGGCGCCUCGCGGGCCGCAUUGGAGGCACGGGCGCAGAGCAUGUUGGCGCGGGGGAGGGGGAGGGGGAGGAGGAGGGGGAGGAGGCGGCGGCAGGGGGCGGGGAUGGCGAGAGGGGAGGAGGCGGCGGGCGGGGAGGAGGGGGAGCGGCAACGGCAGCAGCGGUUGGGAGGUGGCUGCAGCAGCAGCGACAGCAGCAGUGGGGAGGGCGAGGAGGAGGAGGAGGAGGAGGGGGGUCGGGAGGGUGGUGUGGGUGUGGGUGGUGGGGGUGGUGGGGAUGCCCUGGAGGCGGACCGGCACUGUCUGCCACUGGAGCCGCUGGUGCACCUCAACGCGGGUCCAGGAGCAGCCCGGGCUCUGGAGGCGCUGGAGGCCCUGCUGGCGCCGCUGGCUGCCCCCCGCAAGGCCCAGCCCAACACAUACGCCCUGCAGGUGGCGCUGAAGGCGCCUGGAGCGGCUACUGCCGACAGCGCUACUGCCACCGCCACCUUCGGCGGAGGCCAGCUGCCUGCAGGCAGUAGCACCAGCGGCAGUAGCACCAGCGGCAGUAGCACCAGCUACAUGCGCCGUGAGCUGGCGGCGGCAGUAGCAUCCCGCGCCCCCAGCACCGCGCUCCGCGGCCCGGCGCCGCUCGCGCCCGACAUGCUACUGCCGGCCCUGGGAGCCAUGGCUACUGCCGUCGCGGACGAGGCGGCAGCGGCUACAGCCGCCGCACGGGCGGCGGUACUGGGCGGCAGCACCGCCGCCGCUGCAGUACAACCGCGGCCACCAGCAGCAGCAGCAGCAGAGGGGGCGCCCGGCGCCGGCAGCGGCGGCGACGCUGCUACUGCCAACACCGGCGCCCGCGGCGGUAACGGCGGUGCUGCCGGCACGGGUGGCCUGCCGCCGGGUGCUGCCACCGCCCGCCUGCACCCCUACAUGCAGGACGGCCUCCAGUCUGCGGCGUCGCUGCCUGUGCUGCCCUCGCACCGCCUCCGGGCGGCGGCGGCGCUGAUGGCGGCGGGAGGAGGAGGAGCGGCGGCGGCAGCGGCAGCGGCAGCGGCGGACGUGGCGGCGGCCGCGAAGGAGGCCGGAGACGGAGGCCGUGCUGGUGACCCGACGCCCGCAGAGCCUUAGCUACAUAUACUUUCAGCCGUUGCAGGCGUGACGCCGCAAGCUGUAUGUGGCGCGUGUGGGUCGGAACCUGGGUGGCGCCAAAGCCGUGUGUUGGUUGGUUGGUUGGUUGAUUGGUUGGUUUCAGGGGUAGUAUAUUGCUUUUGGGGGGAUGUCAAUCUAGGUGACUGGGUGACUGCGUUGGUUGGUUGGUUGGUGGGACGGCUGGGCGCGGUUGUUGCUUCACAAGGUACCGUGUUGUCCUGCGAUGGGGUCUGGUGAGGCAGCUAAAGUGUCGCUGGCGGCUGCUGUGAUUGCGCUUGCAUGACUAACGGCUUGCGAGGGCUGUCAGGCAGUACGGUAUGUGUGUGCGCAUGUGUAGGUCUGUUAUGUGGGCUGGCCGGUCAGUCGGCUGCGUGUUGUUCGCAGGGGGGUGAAGGGACACCCAAAGACGCAGCAGGACAAAAAUACUCCAUACACGGCUGUUACACAUGCAGGGUGCAAAGCUUAUGCCGCAG